CGGGGCCGGCGGCGGGCUCGGCGAUGCGGGGCGGGGCCGGCGGAGCCCAUGGAGGAGCCCGACUAUUUCGGAAGCAGCGCGGUCGAGUGGGGGGACGAGGCUGGCGCAGACGGAGGAGCGCAAGAUGAUGAAUAUGGUGAAGAAGACGAUGCUGAGGUCCAGCAGGAUUUGCACAAGUUUUCCACCCGAGAUUACAUAAUGGAGCCUUCCAUUUUUAAUACUUUAAAAAGGUAUUUCCAGGCAGGCGGCUCCCCGGAGAACGUCAUCCAGCUCUUAUCAGAAAACUAUACUGCAGUAGCUCAAACAGUAAACUUGUUGGCUGAGUGGCUCAUUCAAACAGGUGUUGAACCAAUUCAAGUCCAGGAGACUGUGGAAAACCAUUUAAAAAGCUUGCUCAUUAAACACUUUGACCCCCGAAAAGCAGACUCCAUUUUCACAGAGGAAGGCGAGACUCCAGCAUGGCUUGAGCAAAUGAUAGCACAUACUACAUGGAGGGACCUCUUCUACAAAUUGGCUGAAGCUCAUCCAGAUUGCCUCAUGCUGAAUUUUACUGUCAAGCUUAUCUCUGAUGCUGGGUACCAGGGAGAGAUAACCAGUGUGUCCACAGCGUGCCAGCAGUUAGAAGUCUUUUCUCGAGUUCUGCGUACCUCCCUGGCGACCAUCUUAGACGGUGGAGAAGAAAACCUGGAGAAGAAUCUGCCUGAAUUUGCCAAAAUGGUGUGCCACGGAGAACAUACGUACCUCUUUGCCCAGGCAAUGAUGUCCAUACUGGCCCAGGAAGAACAAGGUGGUUCUGCUGUGCGCAGGAUUGCGCAAGAGGUUCAGCGGUUUGCUCACGAAAAAGGCCAUGAUGCUAGUCAGAUCACUUUAGCUCUGGGAACUGCCGCCUCCUACCCCCGGGCCUGCCAAGCUCUCGGAGCCAUGUUGUCGAAAGGAGCUCUGAACCCAGCGGACAUCACAGUCCUGUUCAAAAUGUUCACAAGCAUGGAUCCCCCUCCAGUAGAGCUGAUCCGAGUGCCUGCUUUCCUGGAUCUCUUCAUGCUCUCGCUGUUUAAACCUGGUGCUAAGAUCAAUCAGGACCAUAAGCACAAAUAUAUCCAUAUCUUGGCCUACGCAGCUAGCGUUGUCGAAACAUGGAAAAAGAACAAGAGAAUGGGCAUAAAUAAAGACGAGCUCAAGUCCACCUCAAAAGCUGUUGAAACGGUUCAUAAUCUCUGCUGUAAUGAGAAUAAGGGAGCAUCUGAACUUGUAGCAGAGCUGAGCACCCUUUACCAGUGCAUCAGGUUUCCAGUAGUAGCAAUGGGGGUACUGAAAUGGGUCGACUGGACAGUGUCAGAGCCCCGCUAUUUCCAGCUCCAGACGGAUCAUACCCCAGUGCAUUUGGCACUGUUGGAUGAGAUCAGCACAUGCCAUCAACUGCUUCACCCUCUGGUCUUGCAGCUGCUUGUCAAGCUCUUCGAGACAGAGCACUCUCAGCUUGACGUCAUGGAGCAGGUGCUAGAUGUGAUCGCCCCUCCGUAUACCUCUGACUUUGUGCAGCUUUUUCUCCCAAUCCUGGAGAAUGACAGCAUUGCAGGCACUAUCAAGACAGAAGGCGAGCAUGACCCCGUCACGGAAUUCAUAGCACAUUGUAAAUCGAACUUCAUCAUGGUCAACUGAGCCAGGAAAGAGAAGCUGCAGUCCCGAUUCCAUAGACGAUUCCUCCUUUGCGUUGUGCAGCGUAGGAUGGUAUGGAUGGCAUCCAACAAGAAGCAAAGAAUCGCUUGGCAAUUCGGGUUAACUGAGGACUUUUUAACCAGUGAAAUUAAAAGUUUACUUUAUUUAGGGAACAGGUGUUUUUUUUCCUCCCCAUGACUUCAGAGAACUACUAGCACCCAAAACCUUUUGUAGAGUAAGGGGAACAGUGAAGUAUCGUGUGCUUGUGACUACAGGUGCAAGAUCUGUGUUUCCAUAGCCAAACAGAAAGUGGGUAAUGCAACAGCUGACAAAAUUGCUCCUAAAGAUGUUUCCCCCACUCUGCGUUGCAUACACAGGUGAUUUGUGGCUGAGAAAGUGUUGUGUUAAUAGCUUGUGCAGGCCGUUUGAUCCCUAACAGUUCUGUGGCAUCUCAUGACAAAGCUGUUGGUUUAUUUGUCUGAUCUACUCUCCUAUUCAGAAAUGUCUUACAUGAGUCUAAGAACAGAAGAGCUAGCGCUAGUCAUCCAGUUAAAUCAGUGAAUCGGCUGUUAGUGCUCUGUUGCAUAGCAGUUGUGGCACUCUCUUGGUAGCCUCUGCAUAGCAAUGUCCUUUUCUUUAAAAAAAUGUUAAAUUCUUUGGCCACAGAUAUUUAUAGAUAACCACUAGUUCUCUGCAGGUCCCCUUGAAGAAACACUGUAAUGUUGUGUAUUUAUAUAUAUUUUUAAGUCAGCCAUGACUACAGGUUUCAGUACCACAUGACAGCAUCUACUGUUGAAGCAUCUGGAUGCGCAGGACCAAUGUAGCAUUCUGCAGGUCAGUAGGAAUGGCCACGGACUGCAUUUUUGCGGUUCAGUUCGUGAGCAAACCAUGAACCGGUACAAACUGAGGGGGUUGGUUUAUGAACUGAACUGGUUGGUAGUGGUUUGUGACCCCUGCUUUCUGCUCUCUGCUGCUUUUUGCAGG